AUGGGUCUUUUACAACUGGCAGCAACCGUGUUGGCUCUGGGCAGCAGUGUCCAGGCUGCCCCAGCGCACGAGAUUGCUCCCCGUCAAGCGAGCGUCAAAUACUGCGAUCCUGUAUCCACCAUUUGCUAUUCCGAGUGGAUUUCACCAGAGAGAAUUGCGUUCCGCACUGCCAUUCCCGAGAAUGCCACUGCCACGGCCGACUUUGAUGUUCUGGUCCAGCUUCAAGCACCCAAAUCUGUUGGGUGGGCUGGUAUCGCGUGGGGUGGCACCAUGGUCAACAACCCCUUGACUGUUGCAUGGGCCAAUGCUGCGACGGUUGUCGUUUCUUCCCGCCGUGCUACAGCAAGAACCUACCCACAGCCAUGGACUGGCGCCACUUAUACGGUUCUCGGCGGCACCGUUGCCAAUAGCACCCACUGGACUGUCAACUUCCUUGCCAAGGGCGUCUCGAACCUGGGGACAUCCAGACUCAACCCCUCCAGCACGGCUGCCAGCAUUGCUUAUGCCCAGUCCAACCAGGGUCCGUCAAGCCCAUCUGACCCAGCCAGCCGCUUUGGAAUCCACAACACGCGUGGAAAGUUCUCGCACAACCUCGCUCUGGGCAAGAUUAGCAACUUUCGUGCUGCGGUAGCUCAGUUGGCCUCCGAGGCAUAA